AUGGCGAGGCACAAGAAGCACUUACAACUUGCCAAGGAGGCUGAUGACCUUGUUGAACAGCAGAGAGCUAGCACCCAGCUUGGUAGAACUUACUAUGAAAUCCUUCUAAAAUCUGAAAAUGACCACAGUGCCAUGCGGAAUGCCAAGAAAUAUUUCAAAUCAUCCAUGAAGCUGGCAAGGGUUCUAAAGGAAAAUUCCUCAUCUCAGAAGGCCCUCUUCCUAAAGGAGCUUAUUGAUGCGUACAAUAAUAUGGGGAUGCUUGAACUAGAACUUGAUAACUAUGAAGAAGCUGAGAAGUUACUUAUUCAGGGUCUGAAGAUAUGUGAGGAUGAAGAGGUACACCAAUAUGAUGAUGCUCGCAGUAGGCUCCAUCAUAAUCUAGGUAACGUUUAUAUCGAACUACGCAAUUGGAAUAGAGCCAAGGGCCAUAUUGAGAAGGACAUAGAGAUAUGUAGAAAAAUACGUCAUACUCAAGGUGAGGCAAAGGGAUUUAUAAAUCUGGGGGAGGUGCAUUCCCGUGUUCAAAAGUAUGAAGAUGCAAAGCUUUGCUACAAUAAAGCUCUUCAAAUAAUGAAGUGCUUAGAAGAUGAGGAUGCACUAAUGGAUCAAAUCCAUCAGAAUAUUGAAACUGUUACCAAAGCAGCCAAAGUACUUGAGGAAAUGAAGGCAGAUGAGCAGAAGCUGAAAAAGCUUGUCAGAGAUACUUCUAAUGCUCGUGGAACAUCUAAAGAGAGGAAGCUCCUCCUUGAGCAGUAUGCUUGGCUGGAUAAUCUUAUGGAGAAGGCAAGCAUGAUAACUGCAUGGUCAAAACUCAAGGAAUUUUCUAAAGCGCAAAAGAGGGUUGCAAAUGAACUCCAUGACAAGGAAAAACAGAGCAACUCUCUUUUGGUCAUAGGAGAAUCUUACCAAAAGCUCAGGAACUUCAGCAAAGCUCGUAAAUGGUGCAUGAAAAGCUGGAACAUGUAUCGAUCAAUUGGAAAUUUGGAGGGUCAAGCACUAGCAAAAGUGAACAUUGGGAAUGUUCUCGAUUCUUGUGGUGACUGGGCUGGUGCAUUGCAAGCAUAUGAAGAAGCAUACAGAAUUGCUGUGGAAGGUGACCUGUCAAAUGUGCAACUAGAUGCGCUUGAAAACAUGCAUUACAGUCACAUGAUCAGAUUUGAUAAUAUUGAAGAAGCAAAGAAACUGCAGCAAAAAAUAGUCAACCUGAAGAGAGCAUUGGAUCAACAUGCAGCAAGGGAUACAGUUAGUGACUAUUGCUCAGAAACUGAAAGCGAAGAUGGCGGUGUAUCCGACAAUAUGUUUGAUACAGAGGACAAUGAUGCAAACGUUGCAAAUAAUAUUUCUGAGGAAUCUGACGAUGAUGUUGUUCUUGCCUCACUUCUUCAUAAAAGUAGGCCAUCUAAGACCAAAACAUCUAACCACAGUAUACCCAAGAAUGUUGAUGGGUUACGUGGCAUGGAUGAGGGCACUAAAGAAGUUUUAAGUAAAUCAUGUAGCAACCAUUCUGGUCGAAAGCGUGUCCGUGUGGUCAUAUCAGAUGAUGAAGCUGAAGAAAGUCCCGAAAUUUAUCAGUCAAAAAGAGCAUUUACUGGUCGAGCAGAUAGUUUGUCUACCUCAGAGCGAAUAACUAAUGCAGCAACCAGCAACAGAAAUCAGCAUACCUCUCAUCCCACUGAGACCAGAGAAGUAGACAGUGUCUGCACCCCGUGUCCUCCUGAGGAAAGUAUAUGUUCAUUCAAAUCAGGUAGUCCCGUUCGUCAUGGUGAUGAUGCUCCAGAUCUAGGAGCUUCUAGCAUAAGGAAGUUGUCUGUGUCCAAACCAGCAGCAAGUGGAUCCAAGGUUGGUACACCUGCAGCAAACAGUCACCCGCAAGGUCAAAAUGCUGCUGGCGUUCAUUCCUCAGAUGCUGAUCACAAGUUCUGGGUGUUCAAAAUUGGUGAACAUUUGGUUUACUUGGAUGCAAAUUCAUGUACAUGUGAGGGUGCCUUUAGCAUUGAGUCUCUUAAAGUUGAAGUGGCAUGCGUGUACUAUCUUCAGAUUCCUGAUGAGAAGAGGUCAAAAGGUUUGUUGCCUAUUAUUGGUGAACUCAAGUAUUGUGGGAAGGUACUAGAUGACACAGCCUCACGAGAUUAUAUUGAUCAACUUGCCUCUGAACAGAAGUGCAUUGAUGUUAUUAUUGAUGAUUGGGUGCCAAAGCGGUUGAUGAAAUUGUAUGUUGAUUUCUGCACAAAGUUGUCUGAAGCGCCAAAUAAGAAGCUCCUUAAGAAAUUAUAUAAUCUUGAAGUCUCUGAAGACGAAGUUAUUGUGUCUGAUUGUGGACUCCAAGACCUGUCGAUCACACCUUUUCUUGAUGCUUUAAGAUUACAUAAGACAAUAGCUGUGUUGGAUCUUUCCCAUAAUAUGCUAGGAAACCAAACAAUUGAGAGGCUUCAACAAAUAUUUUCUUCAUCAAGCCAAACAUAUGGUGGCUUGACACUGGAUUUACAUUGUAAUCGAUUUGGUCCAACUGCUUUAUUUCAGAUAUGCGAAUGUGCUGUUAUGACUGAUCGAUUGGAAGUGCUUAAUCUGUCUGGGAAUCGUCUCACAGAUGCAUGUGGUUCUUACCUUUUCACAGUCCUACAAAAGUGCAAAGCACUGUACAGCUUGAAUGUCGAGCAGUGUUCUAUCACAUCAAGAACAGUUCAGAAGAUGGCAGAUGCGCUACAUGAAGGGUCUGUCCUUUCACAUCUCUCCUUAGGAAAAAACAAUCCAGUUUCUGGGAAUACAAUGUUUAACCUUCUCUCCAAACUUGCAUCUCUGAAAAGGUUUUCAGAGUUAAGUCUGACUGGUAUAAAACUGAAUAAACUGAUGGUUGAUAAGCUGUGUUUACUUGCACAAUCCUCAUGCUUAUCAGGAUUUCUGCUUGGUGGAACUAACAUUGGAUCAGGAGGGGCAACUAAACUUACCGAGGCACUAUCUUGUGCAUCACAAGAAUUACUGAGAUUGGAUUUGUCCAACUGUGGGCUUACAACUCAUGAUUUCUCUCAAGUCUGUACAAAUCUUUCCCAAAUUAAUAUAGUUGACUUGAACCUUGGAGGAAAUUCUUUCGGCCUAGAGGUAUGUGAUGCUAUUGUGGCAUUGCUUGCGAAUUCCCAAUGCAGUCUCAGAUCUCUCACCCUUGAUAGAUGCAAUCUUGGGCUUGCUGGUAUCGUGUACAUUAUUCUAGCAGUAGCAGAAAAUGAUCAAUUGGAGGAACUACGGAUGGCUGAGAACACGAACUUGGCACUACAGAGAACAUUGCACUAUGACGAAGACGUCCAGGAUGUUUCACCCGGUACUGACCAAAAUCAACGUACCAAUGCUGAAGCAAAUAAUGAUGUAGCCCUGGGACGCGUAGACCUUGACAAGAUGGAGGUACCAGAUAGCGAAGACGAAGCAGCAGGCAAUGAGGAACCCCGUGCAGCACCCGGCCCCGAUACGAGCUGUGCAAGUUCAUGCCAGAGAAACUCCUAUUCCGGCUGUCAUUCCAUCCAAGAACUCGCAGAAGCCAUCGUUUCUGCGAAGCAACUGAAGUUGCUCGAUCUCAGCCGUAAUGGGUUGUCAGAAGAGGACAUACAGUCGCUGUAUUUUGCUUGGGGUUCUGGCCCGAGAGGCGAUGGAAUCGCUCGGAAACAUGUCGCCAAGGAGGUGAUGCAUUUUUCGGUGGAUGGGAUGAUGUGCUGCGGUCUGAAACCCUGCUGCAGAAGAGAUUUGCAAAUGUAAACCUGGACGACCUCCCCAAGCACCAGGUUAGAGUUGCUCCCUGGUAAUAUAAUUACUACCACAGUAAAUUAACGUCGAAACGGAGAUAUGACUCGGUAGUAACUUGCGUUUCAGCAGAGGUGUAAUUAUGCUGAUUUUCUGGUGUAAAUAAAAUUACUCCGUUUUUUUAGCGUAUA